UCACUCGGCCCAGCCCAUCAGCCCUUCUCCUCGAUAUUCCCUCCUGUUUCAUCAUUUUGGCGGGAACACGAAAAACCCCAUAUAAGCAUCUGCCGCCGAAUGACUCUGCGCCUUACACCGUCAAUGCGUGACAGAGAAAUCGAGGAAGAAGAAAAUGGCAGAGGGAGGAGUCGAAGAAAUGGUGGAGGAGGAGUUUUCCGUGUGGAAGAAGAACACGCCAUUACUGUAUGACCUAGUAAUCUGCCAUUCACUCGAGUGGCCAUCUCUCACCGUCCAAUGGCUCCCAUCGCCACCGUCCGAUGAUGGUCCUCUAUCUGUACACAAAUUGAUACUGGGGACCCAUACCUCCGAUGAUUUUCCAAAUUUCCUCAUGGUUGCCCACGCCCAUGUCCCCCGCGGUACCAUUGAAAUGGAACCCGAUAAUUCCAACACCCCUAAGGUGGAAAUUGUUCAGAAAAUACAUGUUGAUGGGGAAGUUAAUAGAGCUCGGUGUAUGCCACAAAACCAAGCUUUGGUCGCUGCAAAGACUAGCGAUUCUGAAGUAUAUGUAUUUGACUGUACCAAGCAACUGGUGAAUGCAAGAGGGGGUUCUUGUGAUCCUGACUUGAGAUUGAGAGGUCAUGAUAAAGAAGGAUACGGGCUGUCUUGGAGUCCAUUCAAAGAAGGAUAUCUUUUGAGUGGUUCAAAUGAUUGCAAAAUUUGCUCGUGGGAUGUUACUGCAAUGCCUCAAAACAAAAUACUUGAAGCAAACAAUGUCUUUGGGGGACAUGAAAGUGUGGUUGAGGACGUGUCAUGGCAUUUGAAAAAUGAAAAUUUAUUUGGUUCUGUGGGAGAUGAUUGCAAGCUAAUGAUUUGGGACUUGCGCACAAAAAUGCCCCAGCAUUCUGUUGUGGUGCAUGAGAAAGAGGUGAACUAUUUAUCAUUCAAUCCAUUCAAUGAGUGGGUUCUAGCUACAGCAUCCUCUGAUACAACCAUUGGCCUGUUUGAUCUGCGCAAUUUAAGUUCACCACUCCAUGCUCUCAGUAGCCAUAUGGAGGAGGUAUUCCAGGUAGAGUGGGAUCCUAACCAUGAAACUGUGCUGGCAUCUUCCGCUGAUGACAGAAGGUUGAUGGUUUGGGACCUUAACAGGGUUGGAGACGAACAGCUGGAAGGUGAAGCUGAAGAUGGUCCUCCGGAGCUCCUCUUCUCUCAUGGUGGUCACAAAGCAAAAAUUUCUGACUUUUCAUGGAACGAGAAUGAGCCAUGGGUCAUUUCAAGUGUAGCAGAGGACAACACUCUACAGGUAUGGCAAAUGUCCGAGAGUAUUUAUCGUGACGAGGAUGAUAUCCCAAGUGCUGAUUGUAGGUAAUGUUUCUUGUUUCAAGAGUUGUAGGGUUGGACUACCUACAAAAUGGUGAUGACCUUGCACACUUGCACUUGAAACUAUUGAAUUUUGUAAAAAAAGGUCGAACGCCACAAUAUUUCUUUUGGGUUAUUUUGUUUGUCAUUAUUCAAUGUGUUGUGAGUAAAAGUUUGAUGCAAAGGUUCGUCAUUCGUUCGCUGGAAUCUGGGGAUUCUAAUCUUGUCAUA